UCUGCAGCCACUGGCCUUCGAGGCGCCCUGCCCAUCCUGCCCUGCCCAGAGCCCAGCUGUGAACUCGACGCCCUCCCUGCUGGGCUGCCCGCCCACCGGCCCCCAGGUCGCAUGCCCGCCUACCCCAUGGUGCCCUUGGUUGGCCCAUGGCCCACUCCCAGGAGAACACUCACUCCAGGAGGGUUGGGUUGGGGGCUUCGCGCUCCUUGCCCUGGGGCGCUGGGUCCAGGCAGGGUGCCCCCCGGGAGCUUCAGCUGCUGGGUAAACAUUAAUGGGGCUCGGCCGGCAGGUCAUGUGCGCACCCAGGCUCUCUGACCUGCGGCUGCUGCGCCGUCAGCUCCCCACAGGGGCCCCCGACCACCCACACAGGUAGGAACUCCUAGAACCAGGGGUGGGGGAGGUCCAGGGCCACUGACACAACCCAAAUGACCUCCAGGCCUGGAGCUUGGGUCCUAUCGUGCGUGUCGGGGACACCUGGACAAGAGAGAGCAGCCGGGGGCAGGCAGGAGCGGGGGUGCCCCAGAGGACCCCAGGCCCAGCAGGCAGUCGGGGUGGACGGAUCAGAUGGACAGCUCCGAGCCCGGGAGCUGAGGAGGCAGAAGCUGCCGGGAGAUGAGUCUUGAAGUGGGGUGGGGGCGCCCAAGCCGCUUCCUCUGCUCCUUGCCCUGUGGGGGGGCCCUCAUCCAGUGGCGAUGGCGCCAUGUGGAAUUGGAUGCCAGCGUCGAAGCCGGGACUGUCGUAGCGUCCCCGACAUCACGCGGUGGGACAAGUCCCCAGUGCCCUGCACCCUCGUCCAGCCAGACCCGCAAGGAAGACAGGAGCCAGGGCCCUCGACUCUGUCCUUGAGGCUGCCUGGGGCCUGCCCGCCUGCAGCCGGAGAUCACUGUGGCCACCCUCCUGUGGACGGAGGUGGGGGGACACAGAGGCCUGCAGGGAUCUGCCCCAGACCCAUGCCGGCCUCCCUCACUGGUGGCCAGGCUGCCCACCGCCCUCCGAACAUGGCUGACCUGGCGGACCAGGGUCUAAGAAAUGCAGGGCCCUCCAGUUCUGUCCUGGUCUUGGAAGAGGUGGGCACAGACCCCUGGGCACUGCCUCAGCUGAAGGACACUGGCCAGUCCUGGAAAGAGCUCAGUGUGGCCGGCAGGCUCGGCCGCCUGGCCGGCAGCUUCCUCAAAGCCGGGGGCCUCCUGGGCUGCCUCUACUUCUUCAUCUGCUCCCUGGACAUCCUGAGCUCCGCCUUCCAGCUGCUGGGCAGCAGAGUGGCUGGGGACGCCUUCAAGGACAACGUGGUGCUGUCCAGCCCCGUGGCCGGACUGGUCCUGGGCGUUCUGGUCACGGUGCUUGUGCAGAGUUCCAGCACGUCUUCGUCCAUCGUGGUCAGCAUGGUGGCCUCCAAGCUGCUGUCCGUGCAGGCGUCCGUGCCCAUCAUCAUGGGUGUCAACGUGGGCACCGCCGUCACCAGCACGCUGGUCUCCAUCGCGCAGGUGGGCCACCGGGACGAGUUCCGCAGGGCCUUUGGCGGCUCGGCCGUGCACGGCAUCUUCAACUGGCUCACGGUGCUGGUGCUGCUGCCACUGGAGCGGGCGACGGCCGCCCUGCAGAGGCUCAGCGAGCUGGCCCUGGGCGCCGCCAGCCUGCGGCCCGGCGGGCGGGCGCCCGACAUCCUCAAGGUGCUCACCAAGCCGCUCACACACCUGGUCGUGCAGGUGAGCAGGGGAGGGCACGCCGGGCAGGGCUGGGCCGGGCCGAUCCCUUGGGCAUCUGAGCCCUUGGCGAGCCUGGAGGGAGCGACCAGCACACAACCCCCCCUCCCCCAGCUGGACGCCGACGUGCUCACUGGCGGCACCAACAGCAGCCUCAUUAAGCGAUGGUGCGGCUCCGGCAGGGAGACGGCUCAGGGGAACAGCGAGUUUGAGCAGCGGAAUCAAACAGUGCCGGCGGACAAGCUGCCCUGCCACCACCUGUUCGUGGGAGCGGGGCUCACGGACCUGGCCGCGGGCUGCAUCCUGCUGGCCGGCUCCCUGCUCCUGCUCUGCACCUGCCUGCUCCUCCUGGUGAAGCUGCUGAACUCGGCGCUGCGCGGCCGCGUGGCCGGCGCCGUGAGGACCGCCAUCAACGCCGAUUUCCCCUUCCCCUUCGGCUGGGUCAGCGGCUACUUGGCCAUCCUGGUGGGCGCCGGCCUGACCUUCCUGCUACAGAGCAGCAGCAUCUUCACGGCGGCCAUCGUGCCUCUCAUAGGGGUCGGGGUGAUCAGCCUGGACCGCGCGUACCCCCUCUUCCUGGGCUCCAACAUCGGCACCACGACCACGGCCCUUCUGGCCGCCCUGGCCAGCCCCGCCGACAUGCUGCUGCCUUCCGUGCAGGUGGCCCUCAUCCACUUCUUCUUCAACCUGGCGGGCAUACUGCUGUGGUACACACUGCCCGUCCUGCGGCUGCCCGUGCCGCUGGCCAAGCGCUUCGGAGACCUGACUGCCCGCUACCGCUGGGUGGCCAUCGCCUACCUCCUGCUCACCUUCCUGCUGCUUCCCCUGCUGGCCUUCGGGCUCUCCCUGGCUGGGGCCACGGCGCUGGCCGCCGUAGGGGGGCCCCUGGUGGGGCUGCUGCUCCUUGCCGGCCUGGUCUGCGUCCUGCAGCGGCACCGGCCCGCCUGGCUGCCCGGCCGCCUGCGCUCCUGGGCCUGGCUCCCCCUCUGGCUGCGUUCCCUGGAGCCCUGGGACCACCUGGUGACCCGCUGCUGCCCCUGCAGCCUCCCUCAGAGCACCAGAGAGGCCCACGGCUGCGGGGACCCUGAGGUCCUGGCCUCCCAGCGGUUGUGAGGGGUGGGGCCUCCGGUGCGGGAUGGGGGCCGGGUCUGCACAGUAUCAGAUGUGAGUGGCCUGCCCGGCUCCGCUGCGAAUAAACGAGGCCCUCACUGUG